AUUUCAUCCAGAGCUGUACUGCGGGUUCCUUCCGCAGUACCUACUACCUGCGCUUUUCGUUCGAUCGAGCAUCGCGCUUCUGCCGCCCCUUCUCCUCCCUUGUUUCCCCACCAUCUCUGGUCGGCUCCUCCUCACAAAUUCAUUCAGGCGUCUUCUCGAUCGACAACACCAACCUCUCUAGAGGCAGGGACAACGUGAUCAUUGAGCAAUAUACCACCCAGAGUCGUAGACGACUCCCCAACCAUAUAGCCUUCCUACACCGUUCAAGAGGAGUCUCUGACGGAGGAGAUUAGAACCUUUUAGAAUCUAUCUGCUACGAAUUAGAGAAGAUCAAGUUUGUUCGUCCUUUAACUCUUGAACCUUCACGACGAUGAUCGGCUUAUCUCGCCAGGCCGCGCCAUUAGUCCAGAGAUGGCGAGCGCAAAACGGCUUCUAUAAUCCCCUCAUUCAUCCCUUGACUGCCAGCUCCGUUCUGAUUCUCUUGCUCCUCGCGUCGUUGCAUUCAGCGACCGCAUGGCAUGCCAUGCAAUUGCCGCUCAACAUGUCCAUGUCGACGAGGGCGAACCGAGGGUCUGGUCCCGCUGACGCGCUCAGGCGGGCUUUCGAAGAGAAAAAACUGUCGUUCGCACGCGAGAUGGACGCUUCGGCGACGUCGCACGGUGACUGGGCUAGCGACGCAGCAGCGGCGUUCGGAGAGGGCUAUUCGACUGUUCCGCGUGGUGCGGCGGAGGGGAAUGAAACAGCAUCCGCGCAAGCCCGUAGGUCGAUGCGGCUGGUGCGGGGUAAACGCGGCUGCAGCCUUACAACGGGGACGUGGGUGCUCGAUAGUAACCGACCCGCGUACGACGAGCAGACGUGCCCACAUCUCAAGGAGGUCGCGACGACCACGAAUUGCUUGGGCUCGCGCUACUCACGGCCCAACAGCGACUGGAUGGGAUAUUCUUGGAGGGCCAACGAGUGCGGCGCACAGCCCCUCCGAUUCGACGCGCGCAACUUUCUCGAGAAGAUGCGAAACAAGAACAUUCUCUUCGCGGGAGACUCGCUAAUGUGGGAGGGCUUCUUCCCGGCGUUCCUGUGCCAGGUGCACCGCGCGUCGCCCGCGCGCAAGGUCAGCUACGACAGCCGGUUCAAGCAGACCACGUGGGUGGUGGACGAAUUCGCUGUCACGCUCAUCCACGUGUGGAGCCCCUUCCUCAUGGACUUCAGCACGGACUCCAAGGUUCUGAAAAGGCUCAAGAUCCAGAACCCGGCACUGGGCGACACCGCAGUGAACCUCUUUCAACCGGACCCCAACUGGACGCUGCUGCUGCCGCACGUGCACCUGGUGCUGCUGCAGUCUGCCACCCACUGGCCGAAUGCAGACAAAUGGCUCCGCCGCUUCUUCACCAGCCGCAAGUGGCAGAUGCUAGACCCCCAGCCCAACACGUUCGACGCGUACACGGGUGCCAUGAACGCGGUUCGCCAGCGUCUGAGCCGCAAGCCCUCCAGGCGUGGCGGUCGCUACGUGGCAUACUUUCUCUCUGCUCCUCCCCGCCUGGCCGGCUGCCAGAACACCGUCAAAAUCAGCCCCCCCGACCAUGUGGCCUACCUGCGCUCCAAGAACGCCCAGAGCAAGAUCUGGUUCCGCACGCAGAAGCAGAUAUUCGGCCGCAAGCAGUCGCGGGUUCGAUUCCUGGACAUCACACAUCCGUCUCUCGCACGUGCCGACGCCAUGAUUGGGUCGCAGGGCACGGCCAGCCAGGACUGCCUCCACCCAUGCCUGCCCGGGCUGCCGGACAAUUGGGUGGAUUUUUUCUAUGCGGCUUGGCUGGGAGACAAAGGCUUUUGAUUACUGUAGCUAAUUAUGUGUAGUUAGAAAAUGAACGUCUAGCAUGCAUGGAAAGAGACGAGUAUGAGUAAUAAACAU